UAAAAAGCGUCGUCGGAAGCCACGACCUCUCCAAACUCCAAAGGCGUCGGAAGCCAACGAGCUUGUGUCAGAAGCCACCGCGCUCUCUCUCUCAUCCCUCCUCCCUCAACCCAGAGAUCGAAGAGAACGGAAUGCAAGCAUCUAUUUAACCCUCCAAUCCGUCGCCUCAAACCCUCCUCCUCCUUCCGAAACCCUCGACUACUGCGACCACUUCCCCCCUCCCCCUACCCCUGAAAACCCACCUCCUUACCCCCCGCCCGACCAAGCCGACGGCCAGACUCUCGCCGCUGCGGGCGAGGUCGCGGUGGAAGCUUUGGGCAUGGCGGAUCGAGCCCCCUCUCCUACAAAAACCCUAACCUUACCCGUCUUCCAUUCCUGCUUUACCCCCUUCCUAUCCGCCCAGGGGUUAUUGGAGAUGGCGGAGGUACCGAAGCUGCUGUACAUUGUGGUCGUGGACGAGGGAGCGAGGGGAGGGGACGAGAAGGACAGCUUGUCGUUCCGGUACACGCGGCCGGUGCUGCAGAGCACGCUCCAGCUCAUGGGAUGCAAGGCUCGCCAUGCCUUCAAGGGUGAUGUGAAAUUCGCAGAAGUUCUUGAGAAAAUGGGAGCCAAGGUUACAUGGACUGAGAACAGUGUCACUGUUACUGGUCCACCACGAGAUCCUUCCAAGAGAAAAAACUUGCGUGCCCGAUGUUGCCAUGACCCUUGCUGUUGUUGCGCUAUUUGCGGAUGGUCCAACAGCCAUUAGAGAUGGUGGGUCCAAGUCAGCACUGAACUGCUAUUGCGGGAAUUGUUUAUUUUAUUCCACUACCAUCCUUUUCUUUGAUCCCAUUGGAGGAAGGGUUUCCUUGGUCACGGAAAGACGUGAACACGUGUGAAGUAAAGAUUGGACGCUGUGCCCGUGGAUUGGAUUCCUAUGGGGUCCACCAUGCAGUGCUUGUCUCACUGCCACCUCAGCUUAGUGUCGUGGCACGUCGCUCGCCAAGAUAUUCCGGACGAGAGGACGGAGCCUUUCCCGCCACAUGUUCGGCGGCGAGAGAGACCGAGACGGACGUAGAGCCACUCAGCUCGGACCGCUCGACAAGAAAGCCAAGCCAAGCCAUCUAGAGCUCGUUUGGUUCGCAGAACAAGAAGAAAAAAUAUGAUCAAUAAAACAAUAAUAAAAUAUUUUUUAUUUGGUUGGAGUUUUCAAAUGAAAAAAAAUAAAAAAGUUGUAUUUUCAUGAAAAUAUGAUUCCUACAUUUUAUGGAAAAGUAAUGCGGGAAUCAUUCUAUCUUUAUUUUUUUUCCAAAAAGACUCUUCAGCAUUAAACAGACAUUAAAGACCUAACUUUUAUUAAGGGUAUAAUGAGAAUUACACAUAACUUUUCCAGAAAAGUUGAUGAUCAACCAAACAUAAGCACUCUAAAAAUUUGUUACUUUUCCAUGUUAAAUCAAACAUACCAAAAAUACAUUUCUAGGCAUUCUCUUCUUAGGAAUCUUCUUCCCAGAAAUCAUAUUCCUGGAGGAAAAUGCUUCCCGCAAACCAAACAAGCCCCUAAGGUAGGGUUAUACACGUUACGACAAAGCCAAAAGUAAGGGUAGUAGCUCAACAAGAAAGCCAAGCCAAAUCAUCCAAAGUAGGAUUUGUCUUUUUGCUAUUUUCUUUCAUCAUUGCAAUGUAGACGUCUAGGAUAAUAUGUUUUUUUCACAAAUGUAAUAUUUAUGCCUAAAUCAUGUAGUAGACAUAUUUUCAAAAAAAAAGUGUGGUCAAUCAAAUACCGUACUUCAAAUUAUAUGUACUAGCCAAGCAUUCAAAUAGUGAUAUGUAUGUGCAAUCAUUAUGAUCACAAUAAAAUGCAAUCUUAUUUUAAAAAAAUUUCGACUACUUGGAAAAACCAAAUCUAUGUUAAGGUCAUGGUUCCACCAUAUAUGCUUUAAUAUUUAUUUCACACCUACAAGUCCACAAUUAAUGAAGAUUAAAUAAAUAAUAAUCAUUGGCCCAUCAAUUUGGAAAGAUAAGUUAUAAUGCAAGUCUUAUAUGAGAUAAUUUUGUAUGAUUCAUCAUGCUAUAGAUGCAAAUGUUAUAAUGUCACAAGAUCACAUACAGAUGUGGCUUGACUUAGUCAAGCAUACUAAUUGUAAUAGAUGAUCCAAAAUAUACUAAUUGCAAACCCAGUCCAUAGGCCACUAUAUAGAUCCAAAAUACACAAACGCC